AUGAAGUGUUCCCUCCUUAUUGCCGGUCUCCUGUCUUUAACCGUCGCCUCUCGGGCUGAGAUUCUUCGGUUGCAACUUCACAAUGUCGGCGAAAAUCCCGUUGUCGACGCGUUCAACUCCUUGGCUUCUCUCGGCAGUUCUGGCUUUACCCAAAUUCCUUUCCCUCAUCCACAGCCUCGGCGGCAAGGAUCUCGUAGCAGUAUUCCUCUGAACGGAUACUAUACACAAAUCGCAACGGUCGAGUUCGGUAACCCUCCUCAAUCGCUCCGCCUCAGUCUGGACCUGUCCUCGUCCAACACCUUCGUGGUCUCGAGCGAAUGUAUCCAGAUCUCAUGCAUCGGUGGCCGAAAGUUCAACGCGUCCGCGUCGACUACCAACCACCGCAUCGGCAGAACAUUUACCAUCCCAGGCACCCAGGGAAUCGUUUCCCAGGACACUCUCUACAUCGCGAGUGCUGAGUUGCCUCGUCAAGAGUUUGGAGAAGCUCUUUCCUUCUCUAUCAUCGCUCCAGGCUUCUUGGGAUUCGACGGUUCUCUAGGACUCGCUUAUGACGAAGGCAGAAGGCCUGGAAACUCCGCCACCGGUAGUGUCUCUGUGAUUCGCAAUCUCUUGACGAGUCGCUAUAUUGACCAGCCCAUCUUUACGCUCUACCUGGGUUCACUCCGUCCCAAUGCGCCCUUGGGAGAGCUCACCAUCGGCGGGCUGGAGCAUCGACGGUUCAGUGGCGCGUUGUCGUGGCACAGAGUGGCCAAGCGCGGUCAGUGGAUCGUCUCCGUCAAGGGCGCCGCGUUCAAGUAUGGUGACCGAGUGACAAGGAUCGUUUUUGACAGGAUUGAAGCCCCCACCCAGGUGGACCCAAACUACCAACUCAUCCAUCUCGCCAACCAGCCGGCCUACUACGUCAACCAGAGACUGGGUGCGGACAGAAAGGAUAAGAAUGACCAGUACCAUCGCCUUUGCGAGGGUAUCGACCAACUCGAAUCUGUUGCCAUCACGAUCGACAGAACCAACUACUGGUUCACCCCAGAGGAGGCAUUUAUCAGGGCCGGCGAUGACGUGACUUGCAUCAGUAUCUUCCAGGAGAUCCCUUUCGUCUCGGACGAGGAGAGAAAGACCAGAGGGUAUGAGGCUGUUCUGGGUGCUGUCUUCUUGAGAAAGUAUUACAGCGCCUUCGACUAUGGUUCUCAUCUCGUUGGCUUCGCUUUGGCCACUUGA